UCGGCGCCGAUCGUAGCCAUGAGGCUCAACUCGACGCGUCCAUUGAUAACUGACUCACCGGAAAUCACGGCUGGCGCCACUGUAAUUUCGUAUCCAUGCCGCACGCUGCGGUGGCUGCAAACCGGAGUUCAAAAGGCGCGGGAGCGCGGAGGCCCGCUCUGCCUCCUCUCCUCUUCCCCCAUUCCUUGUACCACCACAUCUCUCGACCAUAAGGCGCAAUCUCGAUCCCUUCCACCACCAAGGGUACGCACACCCAUUCGUCCCACGCAGCGGCGGCGUCAAAGGCGCGAUGGAGCGGCGGCCAGAGCUGCGGCGGUCGAUGACGCUCUCGGAGCAGCUGUCCAGGCCCGACCCGGCCAUCCGCGAGUUCCUCAAGAUCCCCGACGACGAUAGCCACCUGAGCGCUGACGCCGGAGGAGGUGGAGGCAGCGGCGGCAUGAUCAACUGGAAGCCGUUGCGCGACCGUCUCCGGCUCCGGCGCUCCGUGAACGCCUGGUCCAGCCCGUCGGAGAGGCCCAGCACGGCGGACGGCGCCGGUAGCCUGAAGAACAGCGGCAGCGGCAGCAACCGCAGCCACAAGUACAUCUACGCGCAAGGUGAGGCCACGGCGGCCUUCUGCCGCACCUCCUCGCUCCGCCAGACUCCCGCAUUCUCGCGCGCGGCCUCCACUCGGGUCGGUUCUAACGCCACGAUCGGGCGCUCUCCCCCCGUGGUCGUCGGCGAGGGCUCCGAGGACGAGUCAGAGCACGAUGAGGACGAGGAGGAAGGCAAGGAGGAGGAGGACGCGCCGACGGCGCAGAUGUCCCUGAUGGCGCUGCUGGAGCAGACGGACAGCUGGGACGAGGAGGAGGAGGAGGAGGAGCAGCAGGCCGCGGCAGGCGGCGGGGCCAGCAGCAAGAACGCGCACGCCGAGGAGGAGGAGGAGGACGGCGAGGGGCGCGAGGAGGAGAUGGUGCACGUGUGCUGCGUGUGCAUGGUGCGGCACAAGGGCGCGGCCUUCAUCCCGUGCGGCCACACAUUCUGCCGCCUCUGCUCCCGGGAGCUCUGGGUCAGCCGCGGCAACUGCCCGCUCUGCAACGGCUUCAUCCAGGAGAUCCUCGACAUCUUCUGAUCAAACCAACCUCGUCUUCCUGUCUGUCCGUCCGACUCUUGAUUCUUCGGAGAAAUUGUGUGGGAUCAUUCAUUCACGCGCCCGCGAGUACCGCGGUUGAUGGCGAGUGAGCGGCCAACGCGCCACCCCGCUCUGAAACUGAGGCCCGUAUCAUAUCGUAGGUAAAUUGGUACAUCAAUCAACAUGAUGACACUCUGUCUGCGAUUUAUUUCUGGAAUGUGAUUAACUGUAUCAACUGUACUCAGUAAUGUUUUGGAAUAAGAGUGGGAUGCCUACAAUGAAAGUACAUUGGAA